AUGGAGGGUGAUUGGGAGGGCGGGGCACACCGAGACUGGGGAGGAGCCCUCAGGAGGGUUCCUGGCGGAGGGGCGUCGCUGGUUAUCCUGGGAGACGGGCUUGAAGCAGCCGCGCGUCUGCGCUCCAGCCGCCAGAGGAGCCGCGCCAUCUCCCCUUUAAGAAGGGGUCCCGGCCCCCCUCCCCAGCUGGCGCAAAGACCCCGGAGGCUACAAGUUGGGGGCGAGGAGAGAGAGACCAGGCGCAGCUGUUACUCGAGGGGGCGGAGCUGGGCCGAGACCAGGGCUGCAGGAAGGGGCCGGGCCGGGACAGGCCAGCGGCGGGGAGGGCGUCCCUGGGAACCGCUGCGGGGUGGGACCCGGGCGGCGGCGGUGGCGAGUCUGAAUCGGGGUUGGGGGUCGCCCCGAGGUGCGGCCAAAGAUUGCGGGAGGCCUCGGAUAGCGGGCCCGGGAGGGGCCCGGGACUGUGGGGGCUCAGGCAGGGGCGGGGGCGGGGCUCGGAGAGCCGCGGGCCACGGCGCCGGGCUUCCAGCGCUCUGGCGCGGAGUCCGGACGGUGGAGACGGCGCCUGCGGGCCGCGCCGGCCCCGUGGGCUGCUGUUCUGGCCGCUGCACGCCCAUCUUCCUCCGCACUUUCCAGCUGGUCACCGCCCUGGAGCGGCAGGUGUUUGACCUCCUGGGCCACCAGUGGGCACCCGUCCUGGCCACCUCCGUCCAUGUCGUCCUGGUCCUCCUGGGGCUCUCGGGCGCCGUCCAGUAUCAGCCGCGCUGCAUCGUGGUGUAUGCUGUGUGGGCGGCCGUCUGGGUCACCUGGAAUGUUUUCAUUACCUGUUUCUACCUGGAGGUGCGGGGCCUCUCCAAGGACCGUGAGCUCCUGACCUUCGACCUCUCCAGACACCGCUCCUGGUGGCGGGAGCAUGGCCCUGGCGGUCAGCAGGAGGGGCCUGCGGCAGGCUUGGGCCCCCCCGGCGGCCAGGCCCUGGGGCCGGGCGUCGGCUGCGCCCUGGAGCACGGCUACGUGGGGGCUCUGCGCAGCACCCUGCAGACACUGGAGGCGCUGGUGGGCUUCGUCGCCGCCCGCCACGUGGUCAGCGUUCUCACCGAGGAGGACGACCGCUGUGACUUCAUUGGUGGCCUCGACCCGUGUCCUCUCCACCCUGCCACUGAAAAGCCCUCCGGCCUCUGGUUCAAGCAGGCACACCUGUAAGCAUGGCCGGCGCAGCCCGCCCCUGCGGGGUCUGGCCCUUGGGGUCGGCACAGCCGGCAUCCCCCUGCCUGUCCGUCUGUCCGUCCGUCCUCCAUCCGUCCCGCACUGUUCUGAGGCCGACUGCGUGCAUCUCCA